AUGGUGCGCCCCUGGUAUUGCGUCCUUGCAAGCACCGCUUCCGCCUUUGGAUAUGGUACAUUUCGACUCCAAGAUGCGCCCCAGAGUGUCUGCGCAUCCGAAGAUAGCGGCAAGGUUGGCUACUUUGACUUUGCUGAUAACUCCAAGCACCUAUUUUUCUGGCUCGCCGAAAGUCGUGAUAGCCCGUCUACCGAUCCGGUCAUUCUUUGGAUGAACGGUGGCCCAGGGGCCUCGUCGGUAGCGUUCGGCCUCUUUGGAGAACUUGGCCCUUGCCUGAUCGAUGGGCCAAACGCAACGAAGCGGAACCCGUAUGCCUGGAACAACCACGCGAACCUGAUCUUUGUGGACCAGCCUGUCAAUGUUGGCUUUUCCUAUUCAGACGACCCAGUGAAAAAUCUCGAUGAUGCCAUGACAGACAUGUAUGCGUUUCUCACAAACUUCAUGGAAGAGUUUCCACAGUACGCACGUCAAGAUUUCUACAUCAUGGGUGAAUCGUACGCUGGGUCUUGGGUCCCAGCGCUUGCCAGGAGGAUCCAUCAGCGGCAGUCGUCACCGAUGACGCGGCUAAUUUCGUCUACGUCAAAUGUCUCAGAGGCUCGAAUCAACCUGAAAGGCAUUGGUUUGGGGAAUGCGCAGUUGUCUCAGAAUUUGCAGUGGUCGGGCUUCUACCCCACGGGCUGUCUUGGCGACUCACCCAUCUUCAACAAGACUACAUGUGCGAUCAUCGAAUCCCAUAUGCCCCAGUGUGAAAAUAUGCUGCGGGUGUGUGCAGAGUUGAAAGAGAACAAAGAUGUAUGCGGCAAAGUGCUCGACUACUGCCGAGACAAGAGUGUUGCAUUCAUCCACGCAGAACAUCUCAAUCCCUAUGACUUUCGCCAGCGCUGCGAGAACGGUGGCUUGUGUUAUGACAUUGCCGAGUGGGUUGAGCAGUACCUAAACUCUUCCAUCACAAUGCAAAAGCUUGGAGUACCCGAAGAUGUCAAGUUCAAUAUUGUUGAUGCAGAAUUGUUCCAAAAUUUCGUCGAUUCUGGUGAUAUGGAGGCUGACUCCAUCACCUGGGCCGAGGAACUACUGGACCAAAAUUACAGAGUUCUUGUGUAUGUAGGGAACAAGGACUGGUAUUGCAAUGCUGCGGGCGAGAAGAACCUCGUGCACAACAUGCGCUGGAAACAUCAACCGGCAUUCCAAGCCCGUGAUUUUCAGCCGUUCACAAUGGAUAAGCGGGAGAUAGGGACUUUCAAACAAGCUGAAGGGUUGAGCUUUGUGGAGGUCUAUGACGCUGGGCACAUGGUUCCUUCUGAUAAGCCGGAGGAGGCGCUGUUCUUGAUUGAGUCUUGGAUACAUGAUAGACUGAGAUCGACUUAGAGGAGACUGCAUAAUGGGCUGAUUGAGAUUGCAUCUGCCGUAUGACCGGGAUACUUGUUGCAGUCACUAAGCGGAUUGUACAUCAAUUGUGCCAAGUUAUUACCUGUUCUGGCAACAUUUUACCUGAUAAGAAGUCGUGCAGCUGCUCUCUAACCCCGCAUUUUAGCGGCGAGCAUAUCUGCAUAAUAGAUCAUUAGCGUUGUUGCUGAUAGGGCGGUAUCUUGGUGGCUUU